GCCACCAGGAUGCCAGCAUUGCCUCUGGAUGAGCUCCAGCUGACAGAAAGGGAUCCCAAGACAGGGAAGCUGAGAACUUUACCAGCACUGCACCCAGAAAUCAAAGCAGAUCGGUCCUUUGUGCUGUACAGACCUCCCCCCGCUGUCAGAGACUCUGCUCUGGUGGAGGAGUUCCUGGAGAGAGCAAAAUUCAUUGCAGAUGACCUCAACUGGCUCCUGGCUUUGCCUCAUGAUAAAUUUUGGUGUCAGGUGAUAUUUGAUGAGACCCUUCAGAAGUGUUUGGAUUCCUACCUGCACUAUGCCCCUCGCAAGUUCGAUGCACUGUGGGAUUGCCACCCAGAGGUGAAUGACAUGCAGAGAUGUCUUCACCGGAGUGUCUUCCUCACUUUUCUCAGAAUGUCCACCCACAAGGAGUCCAAGGACCACUUUAUCACUCCCUCUGUCUUUGGAGAAAUUAUUUACAAUAACUUCCUGUUUGACAUCCCCAAGAUUCUGGAUCUCUGUGUGCUUUUUGGGAAAGGAAAUGGUCUCCUGCUCCAGAAGAUGAUUGAAAAUGUCUUCACUCAGCAGCCAAGUUACUUUGGUGACCUGGAUGAAACUCUUCCCACUGUCCUCCAGGUGUUCAACAACAUUUUGCACAAGUGUGGUUUGCAGUGUGAAGGAGCCUCUGCUGACCCCCAGAAACUGGAAGAAAAAGUCAGUGUGACUCCAGGGAACAUGCCCCUCCAGGAGCUGAAGGACAUUGUGCUGUACUUAUGUGACACCUGUACAACGCUCUGGGCCUUUCUUGAUGUCUUCCCCUUGGCUUGCCAGACCUUCCAAAAACACGAGUUUUGUUACAGAUUAGCUUCAUUUUAUGAACUGGCAAUUCCUGAGCUGGAAUCUGCAGUCAAGAAGAGGCAUUAUGAGGAUAACAGUGUUUUUGCUGAUUUAUGGAGGAGGAUUUCACAUUCCAGAAAGAAGAUGAUAGAAGCUUUUCACAUUGUAAUAAACCAAGUCUGUCUGCAGCCCAUCUUAGAGAGCAGUUGUGAGAAUAUUCAGCCAUUUAUUGAGGAGUUUCUGCAGAUCUUCACCUCAGUGCUUCAGGAGAGGAGGUUUCUCCGUGACUACGACGAGCUGUUUCCCGUUGAGGAUGAUGUCAGUCUGCUUCAGCAGGCAUCUUCCACCCUAGAUGAGACCAGGACAGCCUAUGUCCUCCAAGCAGUGGAAAGUGCCUGGGAAGGGGCAGGCAGGAAAAAAACCCAAGUUGUUAAAGAUGGAGCAGCAUCCAAUGGAGCAUCAGCAACAGUGGAGAGCACUGCAGAGGGCAGGGAGGAGCUGGGGGCUGCCUAUGCAUCAGAGGAUGAGUGUGCUGGUGCCACAGCUGCACCCAUCCCUGAGGUGUCUGGUGUGGAGCUGGACUCUCUCAUCUCCCAAGUGAAGGACCUACUGCCAGACCUUGGUGAGGGAUUCAUCCUGGCCUGCCUGGAGGAGUAUGGAUACAACACUGAGCAAGUGAUCAACAACAUUCUGGAAGAUAAGCUGAUGCCAUGCUUGGAUAAGAUGGACAGAAAGAUGCAAAGACAGCUGAAGCCAGACCCAACUCCUCUAGUCUCUUCUCGCUAUAAUGUGUUCCAGAACGAUGAGUUUGAUGUUUUCAGCCGGGAUUCAGUGGAUAUGUCUCGGAUACAGAAGGGCAAGCGGGAGAAGGACACGACCAGGAGUUUGGUGAAUGACAAGCGCGUGGUGGCAGCGCAGAGGCAGCGCUACAGCCAGUACAGCGUGGUGGUGGAGGAGGUUCCCCUGCAGCCUGGAGAGGCUCAGCUCUACGAGGACUACGAGGAUGAGUACGAUGACACGUACGAUGGGAACCAAGUGGGGGCCAACGAUGCUGACUCGGAUGAUGAGCUGAUCAGCAGGAGGCCAUUCACAAUUCCUCAAGUCUUGAGACCUAAAGGACAAGAGGAAGGACAGGAGGAAGAGGAAGAGGAUGAAGAGGAGGAGGAGGAAGCUGAAAAGGAAAGAACAAAGGACCACUUUGUGCAGGACCCAGCUGUGCUGCGGGAGAGAGCUGAAGCCAGGCGCCAGGCGUUCCUCGCGAGGAAGGGGCACAAGCAUGACAGCAGCUCUGCCGUUGUUGGGAACACGAAGGGCCAUGGGCAGAACCGGGAGACAGUGCAGGAACGGAGGAAGAAGGAAGCAAACAAAAGCACAAGAGCCAACCACAACCGCCGAGCCAUGGCCGACAGGAAGCGCAGCAAGGGCAUGAUUCCCUCCUGA